UUUAUCAAGUGUGGGGCUUGGGCUAAGGUUCUUGUCUUCUGGAACUUUAUGGUAAUGACUUGCAAUACGGGCGGGCUCUGGCAGCAGGGCAGGAUGGACGUGGCCGUGGACUUGUACCUGGCCAUCCCGCUGCUCUUUACCAUCCUGGCCCUCAUCCUCGCCUCCGUCUUCGUGAAGCUGCAGGGAGCUGAGGGGCAGCGGCCCCAGGAGCCAACAUUGGCCAAAGCAGCCCGGGAGAGCGUUCCCAGGGACCAAAUGGCAGCGGGAGUAGGGCUGGAGGCCGGCAGGGAGUGGCUGCCGGUGGAGGAGGGGGGGGCAGUCAAGGAGCGGAAGGAGGCAGCUGCCAAACAGUGGGAGAAGGCGGCAGAAAAGCCGAGCCCCGCAGCCGCCCAGAGCAUUUCCAGGCAGCCGCCCGCUGAGCCCUGUGAGCCCGAGCCCCAGGAGGAUGUGGAGACCAAGAUACCACCUUUGGGAAGCUCAGCUGGGUCCAGUCUCAGGCACCCAGGACAAGUGGAGGAUGUAGGAGACCACGCAGCAUUUCCCAGCAAGGCAGAGGAGGAAGAUCUGGACUCAAAGAAAGAGAAACUGGUGGUGAGAGAGCCGGCAAGCACAGCAGCUACACCAGCCCCAGUGACAAGUACAGCAGAAUCAUUUGAGAGUUCUGAAGGUUUUGAAUGGCCUUUGGGUACCCUUGGGACCUGCCUGCAGAUUGUGAUGGGGAUCAGCAUGUUGGCACACAUACAGACUGUGUUUUACCCAUGACCAUUUUGUGUGAUCUCAAAAGUUAAACAGAGGCAGGUUUUGGUCUUGUCUGGGGUUAAACGGCGAUAUAGGAGGACCAAGAGAUUUUCCCUGAGGAUGGACAGUCAUGAGUGGCAGGGUGUGUGGGACAGCAUGGGAGAGGAUCUAGUCCACUGGGCCCCUACAGUGCUUUGGAAGUGUCAGAGAUGGAAGGCAGCUGUAUGGAGGCCCCAGUGACAAGUUGCAGAAACUGCUGAAGGGGAGGGUGAAUUAUUUUGAGCCUGGUGGGCCCAUGACAUUUCAGACCAUCAGGGGAGAGAUGCAGCAUAUAGAUCGACUCAAGAUCGAGAGGUGGACUUAGCAAUGGACACUUGCCCAGGUGAUUCACAAGUGUGAACAAUGCACACAGACUCUCCUGCUCUGAAAGACUGUCACAAGAGAUGGAUCCUGACAUCAUGGACCAGAUGGAAUCAG